CUCACGGCGCAGUGCCGCUAUCGGUCGUCAGUGUAUAUGUGUGUAUAUUUUAGUAUUUGGUUAUAUUAUGGUGCUGCUACACGUGGGGGGAGGUUGCGGCUGACAUAUAGUGAUAGCGAGUGAUAUAAUAUCACAAGAUGGCCAGCGCCGAGGAGGAGGUGGUGCAGCUGGACAGCGUGCUGCACAAGCUGGGCGCCUUCGGCCCCCACCAGAUCGUCACCAUUUGCAUGCUGGCGCUGGUGUACGCCACCAACCCCAUAUACAACAUCAACUACGUGUUCGCCGUUGAAGAGGUUAACUAUAGGUGCAAAAUCCCCACAUGCGACGUCCAGAACAUCACUUUCGCGGCACCCUGGACCAACAUCUCCUCUCCAGACCACGUGGCCGAGGGGGUGAGGCAGUGCGUCCGUCACCCGACCCUGGACUGCAGCCACUUUAACACCAGCGAGGUGGAGGCCUGCACGGACUGGGUGUACGACAUACCUAACAGUUUUGUUGCUGAGUUCGGUCUGGCGUGUCAGGACUGGAAACCUACUAUGGUGGGGACCGUGCACAGCUUUGGGAACAUGCUGGGCAUGCUGCUGCAGGGACAGAUCUCUGACAGGUUUGGUCGCAAGUUCGCAGCAGUAUUCUCUGGCACUAUGGGAGCUGUCCUGGGCUUAGCCAAGAGUUUCUCACCCAACUUCUGGACGUAUCUCGCUUUGGAGGGUUUGGAAGCUGCUAUCGGUGAUGCCUUAUCUCCGAUAUACAUGUUAAGUAUAGAGAUAGUAGAAAAGGAACGCGCGGUGUUGUACCAGACGAUUCUCUUGAACAUCUACACCGUAGGGCUUAUCGUCAUGCCCUUCAUCGCCUGGGCAGUGCCCUACUGGCGGCACUUCCUCCGAGUCAUCUACGCCCCGACCCUGCUCAUCCUCCUGUACUCCUUCUACCUGGACGAGAGCAUCCGGUGGCUGUUCAGCAAGGGCAAGAGGAACCAAGCUGUAAAACUGAUAGAGAAAAUAGCAAAGCGAAAUCACGUGAAGAUAGACAGGCAGCUCCUUAACAAAUUACACUAUAUCGACGAAGAGAAGUCGGUCAAAGUCAACCAUUUCAAGCUGCUGGCCAAGACGUUCAAAUCCAGGAUCAUGAUGCAGAGGUUUCUGGUGUGUAUGGUGUGGUGGCUGUCGGUGACCCUGAUCAACUAUGGCAUGAUGAUCAGCUCUGUGCUCAUCGACGGGAACAAGUACAUCAACUUCGCGCUACUGAUGCUGAUGGAUAUUCCCGCGAAUUUGCUGUUCGGCCUAGCGUUGUCCAAGUGGAAACGAAAGGUCCCGCUGAUCGUGUCGUUCAUAGUCGGCGGGAUAUUCUGCGUGUCACAACCGUUUAUGCCUAAAAACUACGCGUGGCUGGGCCUCUUGCUCUUCAUGGCGUUCGAACUGCUGGCGACAUUCUCGUACAACAUCGUGUACAUGUACACCUGCGAGCUGUUCCCCACCUAUACCCGAAACUCCAUGCAGGCGAUCUGCCUCGCCAUCGGUCGGGUUGGGUCAUUACUGGCGCCGCAGACGCCGUUGCUGGUCCAAUACUACUCUGGUCUACCGUCUCUGAUAUUCGGGGGCUGUUCUCUUCUAUCAGGAGCCCUGGCACUCUUCAUGCCGGAGACAGCCAACACCCAGCUACCUGAUACUGUCGACGAGGCAGAGAUGAUAGGCGAGAAGAGAGAGAAUUAUGAUGCUGCCCUGGAGAAACUGAACACGGAACAAACGAAGAUAUACGAGUGACAGAGAAGGAUAAAAGAGUGAAAUGGAUAUCGUUUAGUUACUCUACCCUUAACUUUUAUGUCAUGAGCCUUCUGCUAUUUUAAUUCAGCAUAAGUUUUGAUCCAGUCUAGACCUGUCACACUCAAAUGUCUACAUUCCUCACGAAUCAAAACGCGUUAGGAGACUUUCAUAUCCUCGCAGCAAGCGACCGCGAGUCGCGCCCGACAAAACUUCAAAUAAAAUGCAAUUUUAUGACUUUAUAAUUUUUUUGUCGGUCGCGGUCACUUGUCGCGAGGAUCGUAAAGCCACCUUUACAUUAACUUUGUAGUUUUAUUAUACCGAAACUAUAUUGUAAGAUUAUUUAAUAUCAUAACUGAGGUACAACUACAUACAUAGAUCAAGAUACAUACCGCAUGUCGCUCCAUUUGUAUGAAAAC